CUUUCUCUCUGCAUCUAUUUUUCCUACCUUCUUCCUCCCACUAUAUCACCGUCACAACAAUUGACACUUCCACAAAUUUUCACCAUCUACUACAUUACAAAUCCCAAGAUGUAUUCGAUCUCUCCUUCGCCAGGAUACAUCUUUGUACCCACAUCUCCUGGUAAUGGAAGCACCACCCUGCGAGCCACGGAAACGCCGCCAAGUUCCCCCAGAUAUAUACCACCAUCUCCAAAGCUCUCUUCGACACAUCCAGAGAAAGAAUGUUCACCAAGAUUCUCGCCAACACUCUCGCAACAUCCACGCACUCCCAUGCUGGCCGAAUACACAACCAAUUCUCCAGCGUAUAUCCCCAUGUCUCCACACUACAAUAUCGGUACCCCAAUUGUUGGAAUGACAUCCACUUCCGCAUCGCCAAUCCAGUGGCCGGCUUCGCCCCGAUAUUCACCUGUAUCCCCAAUUCUGUCGCCUGCUCUGCCAACUUAUCCGCCGACCGCGGAAGGGCCCACCAAUGAAGAUUCCACUCUCUUGAACGAUCAACACUCCCGACCUACAUUGUGGGAGAGGCGCGUGACCACCAAGCGCAAGCGUCAAGAGCAAGGAGAAACGCGCCAUGACUCCAAUUCCAACAACGGAUCCGCAGACAAUGUCGAGGGUGGUCCAUCCACCAAGCGAGCCAAAAUGACUUCGAUUUCGGAGGAGUUACGCGUGUUCACUCAACGGGUAUCCGAACAAGAGCAAGAGAUGGAAAAUCUUGCUUGCAGGAACAAGUUCCUAGAAAAUGAGCUGGUAGAACAGAAGACGAGGAACGAGAUGGAGUAUCUGUUGCGGUUGGAGUCUCAAGCGAUGGUGUUGCAGGCAAACAAGGACAAGGAGAAAGCCGAAGCAGCAGCGAAGGAGGAGAAGAAAAAGAGGGAAGAAGCGGAGUCCAAACAGAAGAAGGCAGAAGCAGAGGUUGCUGCACUCCGUUUGUUGCUGGACAACAUCCGAAAGAUGGCAUCUCCAAAUAAUUAG